AUGUUCGAGACGAAAGAAGAAUCACAAAACUAUCCUCUCAAAAAGCGCCGAAGUAGUUUACUAGGAAUGAUGAUUCCAUCCAUGUUGCUCGGACAAGGAGCAACAGCAUCAUUUUCCUCUCACUCUGAUUUAUUAUCAACAACAACAACAACAACAACAACUCCUUCUCAUCAAUUACAUGUUCCUUCUUCUUCUUCUUCAUUGAAUGUCAAUGUGUGCGUAUGUGGUACAAACAACACUGGAAAGAAAAGUUUGAUUUCCUAUAUGGUGAAUGGCUAUCACAAUCCUUCAUCAUUGGCGCCAAGAAGUCUCUACGACAAUGACAACAGUGCUGCUGAGGAUGAAGAGAGCGUUGAAUCUUGGUGCGAUCAUGACAUCUCGGCCCAUCACUCUAGGGUGAAUUCUUCUAUUGUAGGGGGGUCAGCUGAGAAGAAUUCAAGUUCCUCUUUGAAUCACCCUUUUCAUGCACGAACAAUUUCAAAAGGAGAUUUGUUGGAUGUUUCUUGUCCUGAUUAUGUCAAGGAGUUGGAUGUUAGUGGUUCGGAAAAGUUAAAAUUGAACUUUUUCAUUUUCUCUCAUUCGGAUACAGAGGUGAGAAGUAGAAGUGUCUUUGAGAAUGAUGUAUCUUUUAAGAACAUUAUUAAGAUUGCACAUGUGAUUAUCUAUGUCUAUGAUGUCACAAACAUGACCUCAUUUGAAUCUGUCAAAUAUUAUUAUGAGCAAAUAUUGAAUCUAAUGAGCUCAAACGAUGAUGAUGAUUACAGCGAACAUAUGGAGAACUUUCGGUUGUCAUGCUCUCCACAUAGUCCAUCUCUUUUUGGUCCAAUACUUCAAAGGAAUAAUGUAAUCAUGAAGCCAUCCAUGGCGAUUGGAGUGAAAACAGACCUUGAAGAGGAGAGAGUAGUCACUGAAAGUAAUAUCGUGUCACAUCAAAGAAUGAUGAAUGGUGUCUCAUUCCAUGAAUGUUCAUGUUUGACAGGAGAAAAUGUACUCUCAUGUCUUGAGGAUUUGAAAUUACUAUCAAAACCAAGCUCUCUCUUGUCUAAACCAUCAAGUGGCUCAGAAAAUGGAAGAAAUUCUCGGCGAUCCAGCAUUACUAUUUCUUCUUCAUCAUCGAGGCAAAGCAUGAGUUGCAGUAGCUCUCCAAAUCUUGAUACUGGCAACAAGAGAGCAAGUAGAAUUUUCGAUUCUGUGAAAAAAGUGAGUGAUUUAUUUAGAGCUCGGUCGAAUUCAACAUCAAGUACUCACUCAACAGCAAGAAAAAUUCCAACUUCAAGCCCAGCCUCCUCCAGCGCACCAACAAUUAACGAUAAGAGAAGAAGUCAAAGUAUUGGUGUCAUUAUUUCUCAACAUGAAAAGAACACAGGAUUUGUCAUCAAACCAGAAAUUACCAACACAGAGGAGUUGCAAAUAAGCGUUCCCACUCAAACACAGCAGCUUUCUAAUGAUGGAGAAUCUAAACAAGAGGUGCGAAAGAGACCAACAAGUUACUCGUGGAAGAACAUUUUCAAAAAGAAAUACUAG